AUGGUGCUUCACCAGGCCAUAGCUGCUGUCCGCGCCGGAGAUCUGGACGCUCUGAGGCGUUUGGCGGCGGCCGGGCGGCUCACGGCGUCCGUCGUGGAUCCUCAGGGCGCCGGGCCCGUCCAUCACGCGGCACGUUGCGGUCAGCUGAGCUGCCUGCGCUUCCUGGUGGACGAGGCGGGGCUGGCGGCGAACGGCAAGGCUCUGAACGGCGCCACGCCCGUCCACGACGCGGCCGCCACCGGGCACGUGCAGGAGCUGCAGUGGUUGGUGCAGAAGGCGGGUUGCAGCGUGCAGGAGCGGGAUGCUGCGGGGACCACGGCGCUCCACCUGGCGGCGCGGUUCGGGAGGGCGGAGGUCGUGGCCUGGCUGCUGGGCCGCGGGGGUCGAGCCGAGGACGAGACGGACUGCGGUGCUCUUCCCGCCCACUACGCCGCGGCCAGGGGCGACCUGACGUCUCUGAAACUACUGAUGGGUGAAGCACCAGGGUGUGUGAACCGUCAGACUUUAAUGGGAGCUACGCCGCUGUACCUGGCCUGUCAGGAGGGUCACCUCGAUGUCGUGGAGUACCUGGUGAAGGACCGCGGCGCCAACGUGCACCUGAGAGCGCAGGACGGCAUGACGCCUCUCCACGCCGCCGCCCACAUGGGUCACCACGCCCUGGUCGUCUGGCUGGCCACAUUUACGGAAAUCAGCCUGUCCGGUCAGGACAAUGAGGGCACCACAGCAUUGCAUUUCGCUGCCAGCGGAGGUCACUGCCGCAUCCUGGAGAGGCUCCUGCGCAUGGGCUCAAAAGUCAUCAAAGAUUACUGGGGCGGCACUCCUCUGCACGACGCCGCCGAGAACGGGGAGAUGGAGUGCUGCAGGAUCCUGCUGAGUCACGGCGUCAGUCCGUCAGAACGAGACGUGGACGGCUUCACCGCUAAAGAUCUGGCCGAGUAUAACGGACACCACGAGUGCGCCCGGUACCUUCGAUCUGUGGAGGGAAACCCACGCGGUGCCGUCCGGCUGCUGGAGGUGAGCGGCCCGUCAGAAGACGAGCGGGCGGAGAUGCCAGCGCCUUCGAGAAGGUCCGGCUCGCGUGAUUACUACAGACGCAUCAGUGAAACUCAGCGGGAGCCCGACGUCCCCAAGUCGGAGCCUAGCAGUGACCGCCAAGCCUUCAAUCGACCUGGAUCACCUGCUUCUCCUUCUUCACCCCCAACUCCGUUACCGUCGGAGGGGAGCGCGCCCAGCUGCGCCCCACAUGUCCAAACAUCCGGCACAGCGAUGAAGAACGCGAGCUCUGGAAAACCAGCGCCGGAAAAGGACCAGAAGCUUCUGGGGAAGAUGAAACUGGGCGAUCUGAGGUCGAUCACCUCGCUCAGAAAGUCUGGAUUAUCGGAGCGCUUGACGCCUGCUAAUAAGAUGGUGGUGUUGCCCACGGAGGAGGCAAACCUGUCUGAUAUCGACUACCUGGUACCAACUCUUGACGAGAAAGGGAGACCCAUCGCUGAAUGGAAGAGACAAGUCAUGGUGCGCCAGCUCCAGACCAGACUUCUCGACAACGAGGCCCAGAAGCGGAAGGAAAACGGAAACAAAUACGCCAAGAUGGACAGCUGGAGGUACUCCCAGGCUCACAACGCCAUUCUGGGACCGUUCGGAGAGAUGCUGACCGAAGACGACCUGGUCUACCUGGAGAAGCAGAUUCAGAGCGUGUCCAUGCAAAAGAACGGCAAGGGUUACGAGCUGGAGCUGGCACGGCUGGUGGAGGAACUCCGGAGCACCCUUCCGCCCGCCAUAGUCAACAUCACGGUCAACACUCACUGCCGGAACCCGAACACACGGGUCAAACUGCCCGCCUGGUGUAACCGGAUCUCCGGCAUCGUCAUGAGCAUGUCCCUGCUCAUGAGCAACCUGACGGACGAGUCCAACUUCAAAAUGCCCAACUCUGAACUGGCGACGGUCUUCUCUCAAAACCCCGAGAGGCGCAACUCGUCCAGGGGGCGGAGAAAAGAGAUCGAAAACGAGCUCCAUGAACUCGGGGUGUCGGUGCAGAGUCUGAAGUCCACCUUCGAGAACAGAGACUCUUUGAUCGCCGAGGAUCCCGAAAGCGCAGAAAUACCUACGCCAGUCGAUGACCCCCGUGAGCAGGACUCGAGAGGGCUUCCUGAGCAAAGUGAUGAUCACAAGAGCGUCAUCGAGAGCACCAGCUUGCGCAAGGAACGCAUCGUGGUCCUGUUCCUGGGGCACUGGAAGAAGUCCGCGUACGCCGCGGCGGUCAAACUCGCCCAGAGAAAGCUCAGCACGGACGGCGAGGAGACGCCAGACGUGAGCGAGGUGCGCCGAAAGACCAGCCUGGAUAUCACACCCAAGAAGAUAAUGGAGCAGGGUUCUUUGGGACACUUCUUCAAGCAGAGGAGCGCUGUCAACAAGAUGAUCGGCAACUGGAGGAGCAUGAUAUCCAUCGUCCCGUCGCGGCAGAUCCGCCGGCUCAACCGUCAGCAGGCACUCUACUCGCCCGAACAGUUUCUCCCCCGGGUCAACGGGGCGCCUUUCGAGUACGACUCCCUGACCCUGGACCUGUUCAUGCUGGGUUACUUCCACAUCCUGGAGCAGGACCUCUCGGCGGACGAGAGGAAGAUGCGGCACCUGCUCUGCUUCGAGGUGUUCGACCACCUGGGUCAUUUCAGCUGGGAGACGGUCAGGGAUUUUCACAAGGCCGUCAUCCGGGACAUCCAGGCCGCUAACAGGGACUGGAACGACGGGUUCGAGGACAUCAAGAUCAGGUUCUUCGGGGAGUCCACCAAUCAACCUGAAGUGAAAGACCUUGAGAGGAGAAGAGCGCCGCCGGAAGCGAGACAAGUUCCCAAAGUCAUCAUCCAGACUCCGACCCCGGAUGAGGACGACGUUCUGUCCAGGAGUGCCGACUUCACCAACCUGAGCAACGAGGAAAUUUGCAGGUACAUCGAUCGGAGCUUCGCCUUUUGGAAGGAGAAAGAGGCGGAGAUUUUUGACUUUGAGUAGCACGGACCAGGAGCUUUUUAGUUUAGCCGUAGCCAAUUCCCAACUUGCUCAGUCUUCCUAACAUUUACCAUCCCAGGCGGUCAUGAAUCACGUUCUUCCUCAGAGACACUUCCAAGAACUAUUAAAACCCUUGGAGAAGAGCGCUACCUGUCCUGUUCUACAUGCCUGAGGGAACAUCUACCCAUGACCACUAUAUCUGUACCCUAUCAGAUCUGAACUGAAUGUUUUGUGUGUUUUUUAGGUUUGUCAUUUAGAUGAGAAAAGGGGUCAAGUGUCUCAGUUAGACAAACAAUACAUUUAAAAGACUAAAAUUUACAAAGAUUACAAUAACAACAAUAACAAUAAUACACAAAUAGAACGUCUGUCAGUAACGAGCUGGUGGAAUUGCACCUUGCCCUUUGUAAACAUUCCCCCUAAAAUUGCACAGUCCCAUGUGUUUAGUGAAAUCACCUUAUAUAGAGGUAUUUAGGGUUGGUACUGCGGUGGUGUAAGAGCUAUUUUUGAGCCGGUUUGUCCUUGUUUAUUUGUCCAUUACAAUUUUGUUGGCUCUUUGAAGGCAGCUGGACCUGUGUGGGUCCUCCAGGGUGGGUAGAGAGCACCCGGUGAUCUUCUCCGCAGACCUCACGAUCCUCUGUAGUUCUUUUUAGUGUGCUGCAGUGCAACUGGAGAACCACACGCCAAGGGUGUGAGUGAGGACGCUCUCUAUGGUUGAAUGCUAGAAGGAGACCAGCGGUCUCUGAUCGAUGUUGUUUCUCCUGAGGGUCCUCAGAAAGUAGAGUUUAGUUCUGCGAUGUUCACGCCCCAGGUUAGGUCCUCCUCGAUGUGAAUACCCAAGAAGCGAUAAUCCGUGACCCCUUCUACACAGUCCCCAUUGAUGGUUAUGGGUGACGCUCCUCACCAUCCUAAAAUCAAUAAACAGCUCUUUUGUCUUUGCCGUGUUCAGAAGCAGAUUGUUGUCCACCACAACGACAACCGCCCCACUUUGUCCCGGUAGGCAGUCACAUCGUCUCCUGAGAUAAGUCCCACUAUGGUGGUGUCGUCGGUGAAUCUAAUUAUUGAAUUAAUGCGUUUUUACCACAACAAUUGCAAACAGGUGUAAUAAAUCAACAACAGUAGAAGGAAGGCCCUUUCCUUUCCUAAUGACAUGGUUUGAAGAAAUUCCAGUGUCCUGUACAGAGCCCUGACCUCAGCUCCACUCAACAGCUCUGGGAUGAACCGGAACACCGACUGAUCGAUCAGCGCCCAGUUAUGCAAAUACAAACGCUGUCACGGGCACGAAUUCCCAUACACAGACACACUUCAAAGUCUUGUGAGAAGCCUCCAACUGAAAAGAUCACAUAAGAUCACUCAUUUGUUUUUGAAAAGCGAUACUUUUGGCCGUAUAGUGUAGCUCAAGAACAAUAUAUGAGGGUCAGUAGUAGCUCAUUGGUUAAGGUACUGGUCUAGUAUCGGAAGGUCAGUGGUUCUAGCCCCACCUCUACUAGACCGCCACUGUUAGAACAGGUGGUGCAGCAGUAAAACACACACUAGCACACCAGGGUUGACAUUUUGAACCCAUCUGUUUGAAACUCAGCUCUGCUAUCCGGCAGACUGGGCGCCUACAUGAACAACGAUUGGCUGUUGUUCAGUUACGCUGCAGUUACGACCUCUUCUGGCUGAUUGAUGGUGUCUGCACAGGGUCAAGGAAUAAUGCUGAUCAGGGUGUGGCUCUCCGUACACAAGGCUGAUCCGCAUAUGAACUCACCUCGCGCAGGUAAAAAGAUGCAGUCGGUACUGCACACGUGCGAGGGGACGGAUCUCCUCAGCAUCAGUAGAGAGGAAGCAUAAUGCAAUCGGGUGAUUGGACACGACUAGAUUGGGAGGAGAAUUGGGGGCACUGCCAUCCUGCACCAGUGGAUCUGAACGGGACUAACGGCGGGUUAAAGUGAUGAUGUGGGUUUUUAAACAGAGCAGCAAUAAAAGACUCCAACAUGUUCUUGUUUAAUUUAAAA